UGGGUCCUUCUUUCUUUUCGUUUUCUUGAUUCGGUUCUUGUGGGUGGGCGGGGGGAGUUGAUGCGAUGAUUGGUUUUCGUCGUGGCGAGCGCUUCUGGGUUUGAUCUUUGAUGGGUCCCGUUUAGUUUUUCGCGGCUUUUCUCGGGGUUUGAUUCCUUAAUCGAUGCGUGCGUUUCGCGAGGCGAGGAAAUGGGGGCGUUGAUUUCCGGACGCGGGGUGUCUCAGCUUGUGAAAGAAUCUUGUUGGUUUGUGGGGCGCGUGUGUGGUGAAAGGUGCAUUCGUAGUUAUGAUUGAUGCGUUUCGGACGGUUAAAGCUGACAUUUUUGAGCGAUUCGAUGGAUGGGGGAAGGGACGUUUUCUCCGAUGUAAUGCCGCCCUUUUCGGGGUGUUAGCUCGAUGACUGUCUUGACGAAUAUGACGAUUUGGGCAUGGUGUGCUUGAUCAAAAGCGGGGAUGAAGCAUUAGAUCUGAAAGUGGUGGUACAUGCGGAGCGGAGGAACAACUUGUUUCGAAUUCGUGCGAGAAGAUGCUAUGAGAUUACUGAUCUGGAGGUGGACACUGUGAAUAUAUUCCGAGAUUUUUCUUUUGCUGCUGCUUUAGAGGUUCCGUGAUGGAUGAUAACAGUGGCGGCAAGUUGACUGGAAUCAAGCAGAUUGUCAGACUUAAGGAACUCCUCCAAAAGUGGCAGUCUGUCACGCUAAGCUCAAAGGCAGAAAACCACGAUCCUGAAGAAGGCCUCGGGAACAUGUCACCUUUGGUUAAUAAGAGGAUAGCAAAUUUGCAGUGUUGUGACUCGGAUGAAGAGAGCUGCCCUAGCCCUGAACCACCAGCAGAUGUUCCAAAGGGGUAUUUGGCAGUUUACGUUGGACAGGAGCUUCGGAGAUUCAUCAUUCCUACUAGCUAUCUUAGUCAUCCGCUUUUCAAGGUGUUGCUGGAAAAGGUCGAGGAGGAAUUCGGGUUUGAUCACAGUGGCGGGCUCACAAUCCCAUGCGAAAUCGAGACCUUCAAGUUUCUACUGAAGUGCAUGGAGAAUCAUCAAAAUGCAGAACCUGAACCUGAUGAAAGCUCUGCUGAAAAUUCAGAAACUACUGAAGAGUAACGACGGCGCCGGCGGUAGAUUGCCCAGAUCCUAGGACUGACUCUGGUGCCGAGCAAGGUCUCUCAUACACAGACAUCUUUGUUUUUCCUUUGUAACAAAUCCUUUUCUGAAAUGAGGAACUGUAGGAACUCUUUAGUUUUAGCUUUUAAGGUGUGUUGGCCAAGUUCAAUGGUAGAGGCAUAACAGAUCUUUUGCAUCUGUGUAUGUUCUCUGGUACUUGCAUGUGACCUUUUCCUAAUGUCAAAUUGAGCACAAUCACCAAGAACGAUGAAAUCAACUGACACCUUGUAUAUGAGAUUGAAGCAUCUUUACAUA